CUUUUUGUGCCGCAUCGAACGAUUGUGAAGACACAAGGUCGAAGUCAAACGAGGGAUUCUUUUGCAUUCCCCUCCCUCGCCAGUGCGGGUGGAGUGUUGGUUGCACUUGCCGAGGGUCGCAUUGACUAUACAGAUCCAGAUCAUAAGGGUGUUUCAGCCUAUUAUGCCGACAUUGUGGCGGGGUACAUUGACACUGCGGAGAAGUGGUCGUCUUUUGUCGCUAAGGUUCAUGUAAACAAAUGGAGGGCGUACAGCAUCUUUAACAUGACCAUGCAAGCGGAGCAUGAGAUCUGUGUGAGAUACGCGCCCCUACCCACAACAAUUGCAAAGGGCAACAAGGUCUUUCUACUUGUGGGGGGCUAUUAUCAGAAGUAUGAUCCUUCAUUGAAAAAGUGGAUUAAAUCCUCCCAAGGUCUUGAUUUGCUCGUGGGUGAGGCCACGCACGGUAAAGUCAUCCAAUGGGGCAAACCCACCUCGCUUGUACCGCAGAUCGAACCAUAUGCUAAACAACGUGGCCUAAAGGAAUUUAUUGGUGGCAGUGGCUCAGGCGUUGUGAUGGAGGAUGGCACGUUUGUGUUUCCUCUAAGGGCGAACAGGGGAGAAAACGACUUUGUCUCCAUGAUCAUUUAUUCGAAGGACGACGGCAAAAAUUGGGUGCUUCCACAUGGGACGGUUUCUGAACGGUGCGUUGCCCCCCUCAUCGUUGAGUGGGAGCAGGGGCAGCUUCUCAUGGUUGCCAAAUGCAGUUCUCUCUUAAAGGUGCUUGAGUCGAGGGACAUGGGGGCAACGUGGACGGAGGCUGUCAGGACACUCACACGCGUGCAUCCCAGGUUUUUACCAAACUCUUCGCGAACAGCUGAGGGAGUGGGGUCCCUCACCACUGCGACCAUUGCUGGAAAGAAGGUCAUGCUGUACACUCAGAAAGAAGUUCCCCCUGGGGAGAAGACGCGAGCCACCGCUCUCUACCUUUGGGUUGCUGACAACAACCGCACGUUUUACCUCGGGCCCAUUUCCAUGGACACUGCAGAGAACCCGAUGUUUGGCAACACCCUGCUGCACUCUAACGAUGCAUUGCACCUUUUACAAGUGAAGGGCGCUUUGGGAGAAAGCAGCUUCUUUCUUUCCUCCCUAACGGAGCAGCUGAAGACGAUCACGUCCGUCUUGGAGACUUGGGCAAAUGUGGACUCCUUCCUCUCCAAUUCGUCUGUGCCCACGGCCGGUUUGGUUGGAUUCUUGUCGGAUGCAUCGGGUGAUGGAACUUGGAACGACGCGUACCGUUGCUUGAAUGCAACUGUGACGAAAGCAAAGAGGGUCGAAAAUGGCUUUAAGUUCACGGGGUCUGAGUCAUACGCCAUGUGGCCGGUGAACAUGCGGAAGUAUCACAAUGUGCACAGCUUUGUGAAUUACGAGUUCACGCUUGUGGCAACGGUGACCAUUCAUGAGGUUCCUAAGGAGAGCGCUCCUCUGCUGGGCGCCGGCCUGGGCAGAAAGCAAAGCACGACGUUUGUAGGGCUCUCGUACACGACGGAGAAACGGUGGGGUACAGUCUUCAACGGCAUGACAACAACACACAACAGCGCUUGGGAGCCGGGGAAGGAGUACCAGGUGGCGCUCAUGCUGCAAGGCAACAAGGGCUCCGUGUACGUGGACGGCGUGUUCUUCGGGAGUUCCGACACACUACCAAUGCUUAAAGCAC